AUGAGUCAGCGAGAGAGUUUCUUCGAGAGGGAGCAACCACUUAUACGGGUGGAUAUGAAGAUAAAUGAUAUGGUAGGGAAUGGAAUUUUUGGGAUUUUAUUUAAGUGGGUGAAUUAUGGGAAAGGUUGGAGGCCGAGAUGGUUUGUUUUGCAAGAUGGAGUGUUGUCCGUGUAUAGAAUUCCAACGCCUCUUGGGGUUUGUAUUCAGGGACGGUAUGACCUGCACCCUGCAUUAAUUAUCAGUAAGAUUUAA